AUGGCACCCGCAAAAAGCGUAAUUACACACUGCUGCAACAAAAACCACAUUGCAACAGGGAGGCCGAUCCUUCUGGACGGGGCGGUCGUUCCUUACCGUAAGGAACCGAAGAUCUUGGGGAUAACCGUGGACCGUCGGCUCACUUUCGCGCCACACUUCCAACGUAUCAAAGCCGACUGCCGGAGCCGGUUGCGACUAAUUAAAACAAUCUGCUCCCGGCACAAGCGCUGCAAUCGAUACACCGCAUUGAAUAUUAGCCAGGCCCUAGUCCACAGCAAGAUAUUCUACGGGGUUGAGCUGACAUGUUGCAAUACGGAAGGACUUACCAACAUUUUAGGCCCGCUAUACCACGGAACAAUUCGUGCUGCCUCUGGUCUGCUACCCAGCACGCCUGCUGAGGCGGCCUGCAUGGAAGCCGGGAUUCUCCCCCUUCGUUGGGCGGCUGCACUCACCAUAGCUAGAAGAGCAUUGGCAUUUUUAGAACGAACCUCCGGAGAGGACUGCUUCCUGCUACAGACAGCUAACGAGAUCCACCAGGAAUACACAGACGUGGAUCUGCCACCGAUCGCCCGCUUACACCGAGUUCGUGACCGGACCUGGCACGUCCGCGGACCCAACCUAGACACAAGUCUGUCUGCAGAACUGAGGGCCGGCGCAGCUGGCAGUGAAGCCAGAGCCAAAUACAAUCGUCUAAUGGCUACCAGGUAUAGCAAUCACGUGCGGAUUUUCACCGACGGCUCCAAGAUUGGCGAUGAGGUCGGUAUAGGAGUAAGCGGAAUAGGGGAAGGACUCUCCUUUCGCCUACCAGCACAAUGCUCGGUUUUCUCAGCGGAGGCGUCAGCUAUCGCCCUCGCUAUGGUCCAGAAACCGGAAGAUACACCCGUCGUCUUGUUGUCGGAAUCUCUAUCAGUCAUCUCCGCCCUCGAGUCGGGAAAAUCCCGCCACCCCUUCAUCCAGGCUAUCGAGGCCGAGUACGACCCACUCACAACAAUCUGCUGGGUCCCCGGUCACUGCAGCAUCGACGGUAACGAAAGGGCUGACCGCUUGGCGGCCAGAGGGAGACACGCCCGCCGACACCUCACCAGACUCGUCCCAGUCACAGAUAUAUUAGGCAAGUUGAAGCUAAAGAUAGCCGAAAGCUUCGUGCGUCAUUGGCGCAGCAAUAGCGGACACCUCCAGCGCAUCAAAGGCUCGCUCGACCGCUGGACGGAUCGGAUCGACAGAAGAGAACAACGAGUACUGUCGCGACUCAGAGUUGGGCAUACAAAAGUCUCCCAUGCCCACACCGUAUCGCGUGUCCCUCCACCAACAUGUGUCACAUGUGGAGUCCGAACCACGGUGGAACAUAUCUUAGUGAACUGUCCGGAGUACAGUGACCUCCGACAGCACCAUAAUCUACCGAACUCCAUUAGAGAGAUUCUUGCCAACGACCACGCCCGAGAGGAAGUGCUACUAUCUUUUCUCAAGAAUGCGGGACUUUUCGACCUUCUCUGA